AUGGCCAUGCAGAUGCCACUGGAGGCAAACGCAGACACAUCAGCAGAGGAAGAGAACUUUGGGCCACAACUCAUAUCCAGGUUGGAGCAAUGUGGCAUAAAUGCCAAUGAUGUGAAGAAGCUGGAAGAGGCUGGAUUUCACACUGUGGAGGCUGUGGCUUAUGCACCAAAGAAGGAGCUGCUGAACAUUAAAGGCAUCAGUGAAGCCAAGGCUGACAAAAUCCUGGCUGAGGCAGCCAAACUGGUCCCAAUGGGUUUCACCACUGCCACAGAAUUCCACCAGCGAAGGUCAGAGAUCAUCCAGAUCACCACUGGCUCCAAAGAACUGGAUAAACUGCUCCAGGGGGGAAUAGAAACGGGAUCCAUAACAGAGUUAUUCGGGGAGUUCCGGACUGGGAAGACACAGCUGUGUCACACCCUGGCAGUAACCUGUCAGCUCCCCAUUGACCGCGGUGGUGGCGAGGGAAAGGCCAUGUACAUCGACACAGAGGGCACCUUCCGCCCGGAGCGGCUCCUGGCUGUGGCUGAGAGGUAUGGCCUGUCUGGCAGUGAUGUUUUGGACAACGUGGCCUAUGCCCGAGGCUUCAACACCGACCACCAGACACAGCUGCUGUACCAGGCCUCAGCCAUGAUGACUGAGUCACGGUAUGCACUGCUGAUUGUGGACAGUGCCACAGCCCUUUACCGCACGGAUUACUCGGGAAGAGGGGAGCUCUCUGCCAGGCAGAUGCACCUGGCCAGGUUCCUGCGGAUGCUGCUGCGACUGGCGGAUGAGUUCGGCGUGGCUGUCGUCAUCACCAACCAGGUGGUAGCGCAGGUGGAUGGAGCUGCCAUGUUUGCUGCAGAUCCCAAAAAACCCAUUGGAGGGAAUAUCAUCGCUCAUGCUUCCACCACGAGGCUGUACCUGCGGAAAGGCCGAGGUGAGACCAGGAUCUGUAAAAUCUACGACUCUCCGUGUCUCCCCGAGGCUGAAGCCAUGUUUGCUAUCAAUGCUGAUGGAGUGGGAGAUGCUAAAGACUGA